UUAAAAAAAAGGACACGCAAGCUGCGCAUGCUUCGGCAUUUUGACAGCUUGCUCUUUGUUACGCGCUUUCGCAUUGUCAACAACAGCACGUUGUUACUUGGACAAACAACAAAAGAAGCGUAAACAAAACAGAAAAACAAAUCCACAGGUGGUGGAGGUUAAGGACAUUUUGUUUUGCUUCCUUCGUUCGCUACGUUGCGUGUUGUGACCGUUGCCAUGGACUACAUGGCGAAUGGAAAAAAUAAUAAUCAACUGGGACUGCACCCAAUUAUCAAAUUAUUAGUGUUACUACAACAUGGAGGAUUACGCGCCGAGUCGUUAUAAAAUGCUGGAUAAAAUUGGCGAAGGAGUGCACGGUUGUGUGUUCAAGGCCAUCGAUUUGCAGCGCAAUGUCGAGGUGGCCAUCAAAAAGGUGGCCUUAAAGAACAAAUUUGGCAACAUUUCAUUGAAUACGCUGCGUGAGAUUAAGACUUUGCAACUCUGCAACUCGGAAUAUAUCUUAAACAUUAUUGAAAUAUAUCCCGAUCUUACGGGUCUCUCGCUGGUGCUGGAAUACAUGCCGGACACUUUGUACGGCCGUCUCAAGAAUGAAUUGAAUCCGCUGAGUCGACAGCAGGUGCGCAAGUAUUCGCUGAUGAUGUUUAAGGGAAUGGCUUAUCUGCAUGAGGCUGGCAUUAUGCACAGAGAUAUUAAGCCUGCCAAUUUGCUUAUAAGUGAAAAGGAUAUCCUCAAAAUUGCUGACUUUGGUUUGGCACGUCUGCAUUUUCCUGAAGAGGAGGCGCGUUUGUACUCUCCGCAGGUUUCCACGCGUUGGUAUCGUGCACCCGAAAUCCUUUGGGGCAGUCAGAAAUACGGACCUGCCGUCGAUCUGUGGGCAUGUGGAAAUGUCGUGGCGGAAAUGCUGCGUGGUGUGCCGCUCUUUGCGGGUACCACGGACAUUGAACAGUUGGCCAUAAUAAUACGCACGCUGGGAAGUCCUCGUUUAAAUGAAUGGCCAGAGCUUACAUCUUUGCCGGACUACAGUAAAAUAAGAUUCCCGAAUUCGGUUGGUAUACAUUGGGAUAAUUUGUUUCCCAGUUGCACACAUGCUGUUGAAAUCGAUCUAGUCUCAAAUCUAGUCGUCUAUAAUCCCAAGAAUCGUCUUAAGGCCACUGAGGUAAGAUUCAAUUUCUUUCCUAAACACAAAUAAAUCUGUUU